AUGGACGAGAUUCUCGCGCUGCAGGCCGAGCUGGCGCGCGUGCAGGAGGCGCCGACUGCCUUCAAGCUCUCGGAGCCCAACAUCGUCGAGAUUGUGAGCACGCUCUCGCAGCUGCGGCUGGUCGACGUGCUCUUCACGACCAACGGCAAGGAGUACCUGACGCCGGAGCAGCUGCUGCGCGAGGUGGGGGACGAGAUCCUCUCGCACGGCGGCCGCGUCAACGUCGCCGACCUGCCCGCCCUCCUCAACGUCGACCUCCCUCACAUCGAGCGCGCCGUGACGCAGCUGCUGGCCGCCGGCCGCGACGGCCUGCAGCGCGUGGGCGGGGAGGUGCUGACGGAGUACUACCUCGACAGCCUGGCCGAGGAGAUCGACACCGCGCUCCGCGGCGUCGGCCGGCUCACCCUCGCCGAGGUCGCAGUCGCUCACGCCCUCUCGACCGACUUUGUGACGUCGGCCCUCUUCUACGAGGCGGUGGGAGGCUUGCACGCCGCCGGCCGGCUGGCUGGCACGCUGCAGGCGAAGACCUCGUUUACGCCGGCGGUGCACCGGCUGGCGCAGGCGGCGGCGGCGGCGCAGGAGCGGCUGGCGCACGCAGCGACCACUGCGCAGCUCGCAUGCCGCGCGCUGCCGGCGGCGCUCGAGCGGGCGACGCUCAAGGGUCCGUGCGCCGACUGGCUGACGGCGCUGCUGCAGUGCGAGGCGCUCCACCGCGGCCUCGACGCCGCGCGUGCCGAGGAGCUCGGCGAGGAGGGCGGCGGGUCCGGCGCGGACGCGUUUCUGGAGGCGAUGUGGGCGAUGGACGGCGCGCUCGGCGACCAGAGCCCGCGGCUUGACAAGAAGCGAGAGCGCGCGGCGCUCGACCGCGCGCGCGCGGGAUACCGCGAGCAGUUGGCUGUCGAGACGGCGCCGGCGGCGGUGCUGCACCUCUCCGUGCUGCUCCUCGAGGCGCGCUAG